AUGAAGAAGAUCGUGAUGACUCCCAGAAAGAAAACAGAGAACACUACUAUCAUCAUGAUGGAGAGACAAAAAGUGGAGGAGGAGGAGAAACAGGAAUCCACUACUAGAUAUGUUGCUGGUGGAGACCAUUCUGGCCUGGUCAUCAAUAAGCAGGCCAUUCAAGUGGAGAUCCCUCCUGUGCAUCUUUCCUUGGAAUUCCAUGUCUUCCUAGUCAAUGCUCAGACGGGCAAGCAUUCCCAGGAAAGUCGAACCUUGAGAUUCUGGUUCAGGGAUGGAGAAUCGGAGCCCGAAACAGCGCAGGCUUUCUUCACGGAGCUAGUCAGUCCACAAGACUUCCCAAGAGAUUAUGUGGGGUUCAUCAAGAAGAUCAUGAAGAUGAUGCAACGGAAGUUCGAAACGAUCAUGAGAGUUGAGGUGGAACUAAGGACAAUAGCAACCAGUGAUGAACCUCUGCAUCAGAAUGAUGUAUCAUUUGAGGAUGGAAUUGGUGCCCCAGUGGAAUUGAGUGAGGCUAAAGUCUUGGAGAUCAUCGAGUCUUCCUACCCUAACAUUAUCACAAGGGAUGAGAUUGCUGAACAAACAAAGCACUCAGCAGAAGAUGUGAAGCCCUGGCUGGAGCAACUGAAGGAGAAGGGUGUGAUAAGAGAGACAACGGAGGGGGAGGGGAAGGUGGGAUACACGAGAGUGACACAAGAUGACACUGCACUCCAUGUGGUCAAGCAGAUGCCCACCAUACACUCCAAUGCUCAACCCACCAUUGCCAUCAUCACUGCUAACUACUGCGAGAAACUUGCCAUGGAUUCCAUGAUCCUCAACAAGACCACCUAUGUCCGCUACACCACCAUUGGUGAGAGCAACGUAUAUACAUUGGGGAAUGUUGGAGCUCAUCGAGUUGUAUGCACCAAGCUUCCUUCUGUCGGGUUCACCCGUGGAGCCACCAUUGCAGCUGGAAGCUCGACUACCCGACUUCUUGGAACAUUUCAACAAGUGGAAUAUGUGAUCCUAUGUGGAGUGGGAGGAGGAGUCCCACAUUACACUGAUGGACUUCUUCAUGUUCGUCUUGGGGAUAUUGUCUGCUCUGCUAGUGCUGCAGAAGGUUCUCCUGUCUAUUGGUACUGUGAACCAGUGCUGGAACGAAGAAAUUCCGAAGAAGCCGAGAAGGAGAUUUCAUUCCAGAGCCGAGGCUGGAAACCUGUGUCCUUCAUUCUUCAGGACAUGGCUGCACAAUUCAAAGAACAAUUUGAGUCGACUGGAGAGGCACCAUGGUUGACAUACAUGGAAGAAGGAGGGAGAGAGUUAGAAGAUGCAGAAGGAAGUAAGUUUGAACGUCCUCCAUUCGAGACAGAUCGCCUGUUCAUGCCAAUUGGAAGAGGAGAUCUGAUCCAAGUUCAACAUCCUGCUCUUCCUGAUGCCAAGUACGAGGAGCAGCCCCGCAUCCACUUGGGCCCCGUGGGAUCGGGUCGAGAGGUGAGCCUGAAACGAGGCGACCUGGCUGCAUCUCUUAACCUAAGGGCAUGGGACUCUCCUUUUGAUUCCGUGAUCGAGAGCAUCCUGGGGAAUCGGAAGGAUGCAUUCAUAGCCGUUCGAGGCAUCGCUGACUAUCGAGACGGAUCUCGCGGGAAGGACUGGCAGCCGUAUGCCGCUCUGGCAGCAGCUGCCUUUACCAAGGCCCUCAUCUGCGCUCUUCCACCCAUCACUCCAACUUAAGCUCUUUUGCUGUCUGGUAUGGGUGGUGAAUCUCUCUGCUUAGUCUCUCACUAUAAUUUUUUUUUUUUUUACCUUUUUCUAUCUUCAAUUCUAUAGAAUAUUGCCAAUGCAGGAUAGUGCAUUUUCAUGGUCUUAGCUUGAUCUUGGCAAAGAUUGUUACCAGUUACGUUUUGAUGCGUGGUUUGUCUUCGAGUCAGAUUCUGCUUAAGAAAUUAAACGGGCUCAGGAAAGAAGGUUACAGAUGAAGAUUGAGGAUUGUGUAUCUCUUUGGGUGUUGAUGAUGUUGAUGGUUGGCAUGUUUGAUCCCCUACUAAAAUGUCUUCUCAGGCGGAAAGAAGGUGCUGGAUUCCCCGCAGGAUUCGGUGCUCCCCGUAGAUGUUGCAUCUUUGUACCUAGAUGUAUCCAAGAAGCAUGGUUUAGUCGUGAAAAGAAGUACAAAGUGGAUUGUAACCCAUGAACUAUUCUAGUUUUUUUUCCUAAUCAGUGGUUUCUACUGGUAUUCCACAAUUCAGAAGGGAAUGCCAUUUAUUUCACUAAUUGUGUAGUGGUUCCCCUACUGUAGUAAUCAGUAAUUGGCUGUUACCUAAUGACAGUUUGGAUACGUUUUUGCAUUGUGUUGGAUUGGAAUUGGCACAAAGAGUUGGUCUUCUCGUUUGUUGUGAUAAUCCUGGAUUUGUGAUCGGUUGACUGCCACGUCGAUCCGUCGACCCGAGGGCAUUGCUUCGAGACGCCUUUUUCUUGCAGCUUUUCAGUUUAUUUGCCAAAUUUUGUUUGCUAGUAAGUUAUUCCUAGUCAGGCAUUUAAUUUCACCAUACCAGUGAGUGCUUCUUGUUUGGUGACUGUCUCCUGAAUUUUUGUUUGUGGACCAAUGAAGGGAAC